AUGUUCACCGCGACCUUCAAUUUUUUCCUUUUGGGCUUGUCCUAUACGAAUGAUUAUGUUAUACAUCUGAUCAUGCCCAUGCAUGCUUCACGGGGCUCCGUGAAAUAUGUACUUAUUAUUGCCAUCUUUAACGUGUGGUGCGCAGAGUAUCCAAUCAAACAUCGUGUGCACAGCGUACGAAUCUCUAUGGCCUCCUAUCCGUUGGUCCAAAACGGAAUGCGCCUCGGGUACGUCACAGCCGAUCAGUUUGUCCACUCGGGUGUCCAGAACAUCCUCAAACAGCAGAUCGUGGAGGUGAGGCCAGUGCCAGGCUAA